AUGUUAGUAGUGCCGAAAAUUACGAACGAUAUACCUGCGAAACACAUAUAUAAUACGGGUCACAUACCGCAGAACGUAAGCUUAGCUGACCAAUUAUUCUGGUCUCCACAGAAAGUUGAUUUAUUAAUAGGCGCGACACAUUUCUACGAUUUAAUGAGUGAACGUCGAAUUAAACCUGCAUCGAACGGUCCAAUAUUCCAAGAGACAAAACUCGGAUGGGUAGUAUCGGGGCCUACGCAAAUUUACAAUCAUAAGGUUGAACCGUUAAAUAACAGUAUAUGCUACACCGCGUCGAUACAUACCAACGUGACAUUAGAAAAUAUGUUACCACGAUUUUGGCGUGUAGAAGAAUUUGAAGGAGAUAACACCUAUACUAUUGAAGAAAAGACAUGCAAAAGUAUUUUUGACAAAACUGUGAUAAGAGAACCAGAUGUUCGAUUUACAGUACAUUUACCAUUUCGCGAAAAUUCAUUACGCUUAGGCGAGUCUUACAAUAUCGCUAAGCGUCGUCUAUUAAACCUAGAAAGUCGUCUUGCAAACAAUACAAAAUUAAAAAAAUGA